AUGAAGGCAGUCCUGAGCACAUGCCUUUUCUGGGCAAUGCUCUCUCCAGUUGUACCACUGAAAUGCAUCUCUGCGGUCAACACUACUGAACUCUCAGACGAAAAUGUUUCGGAAUGUAAACCUGGACAGAAUCUCUGUGUUGCCGGUGUUUUGAACACAAAGUCAGUUGCUAAUAGAGAGGAAGUUUUCUAUGGAUGUGCCGCGUCUAAAGUGUGCCAUUCGGGCCAUUACAGCUUCACUUCAACUCAGGGUAAAUUCCUUGACAUGACGAUCCACUGCUGCAGCAGUGACCUGUGCAACAAUGAAACUCUCACAAUUCCAGAUCACAAUGCUCUUACACCGAAUGGUAUGCAGUGCCCAGCCUGCUUCGCUGCCAAAUUUCAGAAUUGUACGAGUGAUAAGACCGUCAACUGCCUUGGGAAUGAGAAUCAGUGUGUUCAUUUUGAGGGAGCUCUUAUGGAAGGUUUUCAUAAAGGGGAUAGAUUCUUUUUCCAUGGAUGUGCAACAAAAGAUUUUUGUGCCAUAAAGGAAAAACAAAAGAAUGGUUUCGGACAUAUAGUCCGUAUUGGCAACACUAUUAUCACUGCCAGAAAAGAGAAUUGUUAUAAUGCUUCAUAAGUUUGAAGCCUAGUGAUCACAGCCAGG